AAAGGUUUGACUCAGAGGUUAGUGUCCUCACACCAAUGUUUAGAAGAGUGUGAGGGGUCUGCACCGCAGCACACUCUCUUCCUGCUCUCCUGGGCCGCUGCCAUCAUGAACCUGAAGCUCCUCUGCGUUUGCCUCUUCUUAGCGGUGCUCCUCAUCCCUGCUGAACUGAAACAUGGAAAACACAAGAAAAAGCACAAACAUCGGCAUCAUCAUCAUCAUGAUCAUCAUGAUCAGCAUGAAGUCGUGAAAGAGAAGAAGAAGCUAAAAUUUGAGGACAUAAUUUCGGACGUCUUCUUCGAGAUAUUUGAAGGUGGUGGUGAUGAGGAAGAUGAGGAAGAUGAGCAGGGCACCUCGGACUGGCUUUUUGAAAUUCAAGAGCCCGAAGGCCAGUGCAACCCCAACCCUUGCCUCAACAAUGGCGAGUGCAGGGAGAAAGGCAAGAGAAAAUUCAAAUGUGACUGUCCAAAGCCUUUCAAGGGGAAGAGAUGCGAGAAAGGUCCAAAAGCUUGUAAGAGAGGUACAUGUGGGCGUGGUGAGUGUGUGCUGACUUCAACUCCUCCAUUCUACGAGUGCAAGUGCAAGGCUCCCUUUCAGCCUCCACACUGCAGACACUACUCAACGUGUCAGCCCAGCCCUUGCAAAAAUGGGGGGAUAUGUGUCAAGGAUGGAAAUGACUUCAACUGCGUUUGCCCUGAAGGGUACAGAGGACGAUUCUGCCACGUUGGCCCAGAUGACUGCUAUGUAGAUGAUGGCGAGUCGUAUCGCGGCAAUGUGAGUGAGACGGACGACGGCGAUGAGUGCCUCUUCUGGAACUCUCACUUCAUUCUGCAAAGUGGUUCAGAUCCAUUCCAGACUUAUGAGGACCAAGAUGGACUUGGCCACCACAACUUCUGCAGAAAUCCAGACGGCGAGUCGAUGCCAUGGUGCUUCAUCAGAAGAGGCCGCAGGCUGCUGUGGGACUACUGCGAUGUGACAGAGUGUCCAGCUCCAACAGAGGAAGCCCCGACAGAGGAAGCCCCGACAGAGGUUCAGCCCACUACUGCUAAGACACCGACAACUACUCUACCGCCGACUGCUGAGAAGACCACUGAACCUCUGAAGGACUCCACCACCAAACCGACUGAUGCCCCUACUGUUGUUCCCACCGCGGAUGUCCCGACCACCCCCAGCACCAAUGCUACCCAACAGUUUCGCACUUGUGGCCAGCCACAGCCUAAAAAAGCCAUAACUCGAAUCUUUGGAGGUUUGAAGGUCUCUCCGGGGGCGAUACCCUGGCAAGUUUCCCUGCAAGCGAGGCCAAGUCAAAGCUCCCGCCCAUUCUCACACACGUGUGGGGGUGUUCUUAUCGCAAGUUGCUGGGUACUGACAGCUGGACACUGCAUUGAACCAAACAAAGAAAGGCAGGUGGUGAUGGGAAGCCUGUCGCUGGAUCCUGAUGAUCCCGCAGCUCAAGUCUUAGAGGUUGAAAAGGCAAUUAGACACGAGAACUACAGAGAGACUCCCUCAGCUGUCUACAAUGACAUCGCUCUGUUGAAGCUCAGAGGCGCGAAUGGCGUUUGCGCCAAUGAGACCCAGUUUGUGAAGACAGCCUGUUUGCCAACUGGCCAACUUCCCGAUGGGAUGGAGUGUAAAAUCUCUGGAUGGGGAGCCACUGAAGCAUCCAAUUACGGUUCCAGUCACCUGCUGGAGGCUAAUGUACUGUUGAUCAACCAGGAGAAAUGUAACGAACGUCAAAUUUACAAUCGUGUCCUGGACAGCAGCAUGUUGUGUGCGGGUCACCUGCAGGGAGGGGUGGACUCCUGCCAGGGGGACUCUGGCGGUCCAUUGACUUGCAAGGAAAACGGUGCUCACGUUGUUUAUGGCCUGGUGAGCUGGGGAGACCAGUGUGGGAAGAAGAACAAGCCCGGCGUCUACGCACGUGUCACAAACUUUCUGGACUGGAUCAAUUCAAAGAUUCAAACAUCUCCUUAAGCAACUUCUGUGUGCUUGCCAAUGUUGCCAAUUUUCCAACAUUAUUGGGAAUUACCUUUUUUUUUUU